ACUAAUAUCAGGUACAUCAAUGUUGCCUGAGGGCCCUGCAGUUUGGGCUGAAGCCCCACCCACUACUGAGACAACACCUCAGAGAGAGGAACUCACCACACAACUAACAUCACACAUAUUCACCAUCACACACAUUCACAAACGCACUCCGAGCUCUGAGCACACACUGAAGUGGCGUCUUGACCAGAUACCGACGUGAACUGUGGAGCAGCUCUCUGCAGGCCGGCAACUCAGCAGAACGCACUGUUGCUUCAACUAGAGCAGAAAACGUGUAUUCAGAACAAGAUGGAAACUGCUCAGGAACGCAAGCCAAAGAGGCCCCACUAUAUUCCCCGACCACCAGGGAAGCCAUUUAAGUACCAGUGUUUCCAGUGUCCCUUCACCUGCAAUGAAAAGUCCCAUCUCUUUAACCAUAUGAAAUACAAUUUGUGUAAAAACUCAAUCUCUCUUAUGGCACAGAAAAAUGGGCAAACGGCUCGGCAGAUCAAGGCUGUAGCAAGGGUGGUCCCUGCCAAAUCUAAGGAUUGUACAAACUUUCUUCCAGCAGUUCAGGACGACAGUCCUGAGAAACAGAGAGAUGAAGAGCACAAGGCAGACAGCGGAGAAGACAAAGAAGAAAUUGAUGUUGGGUGUGACAAUGAAGUCAUCAAGGACAGUCAGAGUGUGACAAAAUCAAAUACAGCUCCAGAGACGGAAAACAGGGAGAGCAAUGAGACUAAAGAUCUGCCGCGCCCAUCUGCUUUCUCCCCUGUCACGCCCAAAAAUGAUGGAGCCGAAGCUUUCAAGUCAUCUGUGCAGCAGACAGAAGAUUCACGAGCUCCUCUUCCCACUUUCAACCACCCCGGCUUCCCAUGGGGUCCAAUGUCAUCAUCCAUUCCUAUAAAAUUAUUCCCCCCUCUCAUGGUUCCUGAAUACUCACCUUAUCUCCUGCCUGACCGGCCCCUGUAUCCACCAUAUUAUCUCCCAGGAAAUCACCAUGUGAAUGAGCCAAACUCUCCCUCUUUCCAGCAAGACUUUCUGGAUCCCCAGAGGCCUAUGGGACAACAGGCCAUUGCCCCAUCUCACACUUCCCCAUUUCCUCCUUACCCCUACAGAUACUGCCAUACUAUUCCACCCGGGCCCCCUCUGCACUACAACCUCUACAGACCCCAUGAGCUUCCCAUGUCACUUACAGGACCCAGAUACCUUCCUUUGGAUUUGUACGGCCCACCCCUGGGCACUAAGGAUUAUGACUUAUACAUGCAUUCACGUUCCAUUCACAACCGUCCACACACGUCGACACAAGAGGAGAGUCACCACGAGCAGAGUGGAGACAAGGCAACGAGGCUGAGCCCUAAAGAGGGCUGUUCAGCUAUGGGGUCCCCUGACAGACCCAGUCAAGCACACAUAAUCCAAAGAGACACACAGGCUCCCCAAUACACCAAAACGGAUGAGUCACACAGCACCACCCAACUGGCACACGCAGCUGCAGCCGGGCAACCCAUCAAUAAUGACUUAAGUCAAGAAGAGUCAGCAGAAACCUUGCUGCAGCUAAGAACUCAGCAUGUGGAUGGAGGAUUAGCUGAGAAUAGACAAUACUCUUCUGUGUCUGUAUCCGAGUCGUGUCCCGAAACUGCGUCAGAACAAGAUGACAUGGAGGACACAGAUGACCUGGCCCCUCUCAACCUCUCAACAAGGAACCAGGACAAGGAAAAAACUCAAUCUGAUCACGGGUUAAGGUGCUCGGACACAGUCAGCUUGAAGGAGAAUGAGCUGCCUCUGAACCUCAGUCUUCGAGUUUCUCACGACAGCGACGCACACAUCUCUGCCCCGAGCACUUCCGACGAUCUUCAUCCGAGAUCUGCGGAAGAGAUGGAUGAAGAACCCUGUGACCAGAGGCAGACUGCAGCUCUGGCACUCUGUCAGCUGGCCAUUGCGAGCUCUGCAGUUUCUUCAUGUGACUUCAGUGCUGCAGACAGCUCCUCAAAAGCUUCCACAGAUGCUGCAAGUCCCCGCUCUCCAAAGAAAAUAAAGCAAACCACCAGAGCUAAGGCAGCAGGCAUGAAAAGAGCAAACAGUAGUCACGUUGAAAGCAAAUGCCAUAAAUCAAACAAAAGAGUAAAAGCAGCAGGGCGGGCUGUAAGGAGAAGACCUCGCUGCUGCUAACAACUCAACUCUCACUGUUUCUCACUUGGUGAUGAGGACUGAAUACAAAUAAAUCUUCACCACUGUAACGAUCAAUGUUAAAAGACUUUUGAUUGUUUUGAUUAAGCACUGAAAGAUUUGAUUAUGUGUUUUUAAAAAUGCAGUAAAUGCAAAUAUCUCUUUUCACAGGUAUGUGCAUAUAUGUCUAGUUCUCAAGCUUGAUUAGAAGAGAUGAAACGCAAAUUGGAAAGGGAUUUUUUUCAUAUUUAAACACAUAUUUGUAACGUAAAAAGUUUAGAAUGUAAGAUAUACAGUACUGUAUGGAAGAUGUACU